CAGGAAAUGGAAUUAACCAUCUUGCAAGUGAAAUUGUAGCACAUGUGGCUCAGUCAAAACACACUUCAUAUUUCCCGUUCCAUCCAUUCCAUCGUUUUCCUUCCAUGGCGCAUUCUAACAAAUCUCUCCUCCUCUCUUCCAUCCUUCCCUCCCUCUCUCCCAAAUGCUUCAUCCUCCACCUCUUCUUCACAUUUCUUCAUGUGUAAUCCUAUAGAUUCUCUGAUGUUAUGCUACACACUCACUCCUCUCGGGCUCUUGUCCUCCUCCUCCUCACUCUCUCUCUCUCCCUCUCUGUCUCUCCCUCCCCCUCCUCUUCUCUCUCUCUCUCUCUCUCUUUCCCUUCCUCUAUCUCUUUCUCUUGCACCACCUGUUAGUGCAGACCCCUGUGCUUUGGAAUUCACUUGUUUAUGAGGGAAUCUUUCACACUCACACAAUCAAAGCUCGGCUCGGGAGCGAGAAGAGGAGGUCGGAAUUGAAAGUGCGCUGUGGCACGCGAGUCCGGCAUCUCAGGAACAGUUUUGACAAGCCAGGUCAAUUCAUCGCAGUCUCUAGAGCUCUAUGACGGUGCGUAAGGGAAAAAAGCUCACCAUCUCCAUCCAGGAACACAUGGCCAUAGACGUCUGUCCCGGCCCCAUACGUCCAAUUAGACAGAUCUCUGCCUAUUUCCCUCGACUCUCCCCGACCGCUGAGCCUGUCUCUCCUAACCCUGCUUCUCCUCUGGCUCUCAGCCCGGGGCUUGGGGCCUCUGGAGGACCGAGCGGAGGUCUCCUGUCCCCUCUGCAGGCAGGGGCCAGGGGAGGCGGAGGCACUCUGUCAGCAGCGAGCAGCAUUGAGACAUCGGUGGACAUCUGCAGCUCAGACAGCGAUGACAGUACUGCGCUGGGGACGUUAGAAUUUGAACUGAGGUAUGAGAGAUCAACCAGUUCACUCCACUGUACCAUCAUCAGAGCCAAGGGUCUGAAACCUAUGGAUUUUAAUGGCUUGGCCGACCCUUAUGUCAAACUUCAUCUUCUGCCAGGAGCAUGUAAGGCUAACAAACUGAAAACCAAAACUGUACGCAAUUCUCUAAAUCCUGUUUGGAAUGAGACUCUCACUUACAUUGGCAUCACAGAGGAGGACAUGCUCAGGAAGACUCUGAGGUUAUCGGUGUGCGAUGAGGAUAAACUGACUCACAAUGAGUUUAUUGGAGAGUCUCGUGUGGCCCUGCGACGUGUGAAACCAGACCAGACCAAGCGUUUCUACACCUGUUUAGAACAUCCACCACCUCUUCCCUCUCCUACAGCCAUGGGAGCAGCACUGCGAGGGAUUUCCUGUUACCUACGAGAGUGGGAGAACGAACAGUUGACCAGUUUGGAAGAGAGGGGCCGCCUGUUGCUCUCGCUGCAGUUUCUGCCUCCACCUGCAGAGGGUGAAGCAGAAGGCCGGCGAGGGGGCCUGUAUGUCGGAGUGCUGCGCUGUGCCCAUCUGGCAGCCAUGGAUGUCAACGGCUUCUCGGACCCCUAUGUAAAAAUAUACCUGAAGCCAGAUGUGAAGAAGAAAUCCAAACACAAAACGGCAGUGAUUAAAAAGACCCUUAACCCAGAAUUCAAUGAGGAGUUCUUCUAUGAGAUUCCUCUAUCCGAACUGGUCCAUAAGACACUGGAGGUCACAGUAUGGGACUAUGAUCUGGGAAGAUCUAACGAUUUCAUAGGUGGCGUGUGCCUGAGCUGUCACGUCCAAGGAGAUGCUCUUCGCCACUGGAUGGACUGCUUGAGGAACAAGGGUCAAAGGGUGGAGCGCUGGCACAUUCUGGCCAAUGAGCUGCCUCAGACCACCUGCCAUGAUUGAGGAAGAAUCCUGCCAGGAACGAGGAGAUCAGUCAUGAUAGGUUAAUGGAUUUGAUUGAUAUGAGGUGGACAUGGAGAUAAUUAUAUGAGCUAAGUAGGGGCCAAGAUGCUGGAAGUAAAUUACACACUUUGUGCUGUUUAAAAGGAGAGUGGAGGAUGGGCCACCAGUCGUCUUCUGACUUGGUGUCACUCAAAGCGAGUCCCCGCCCCUUUCACCCGAUUUUCUCUUGCGCACUCAUUGCUGCACGUUUUCUACACAUUUUGUAACGUUGAAGUGUAUUUUACUCUUAUGAAAUCUUGUGUAGCACAACUCUCUUUUUUGAUUAACAAUGUAUUUCAAUGUUCAGUGCUUUCGUAACGCUUGCAGACAGCGCAUCUUUGACAAUAUAAGGGGGUGCAUGUAAACUGCCUGCCAUUAAUGCAUCAAAGCGAUAAACACAUGGUACCGCCUUGACAAAAUGGGAAGGUCCUUAAGGGCCAGUCCUCUCAAUGUUGUCAAUCAUAUUUGAAACAAAUACAAUUUCAUCAGGAGCAGGUUUCUGUGUACUGCUAACAAAUAGACUAUCCAUUUUGUAGCAUGAUGCAAUGUUUACAUUUUUUACUUUGCACCAGCUGUGUUUUCCAAGGUCUCAAAUUUGGCGGUUUUCAAUUUCCAGUUGUUCCUUUUCUUUAAAAAGGGGUUUUAUGGACAUGCUACAAUUUGAUAUCGCGUACGUUAACUACUUGAUAUAUUUUUGGAAUCAAAUGUUUAUAUGUGCCGUAUUCUAGGACUAUCUGGAGUGCGUCUGCAUGUGUACGCGUGUGUGUCGUCUGGUUGUUUUGUACCAAAAAAAAGUGCUGUAUUCUUGAGGGUUUGUGGUUUACAUUUCUAUAAGUGCUUAUGUACAAAUUGGAAAUACAUUUGAAAUGCAUUGCUCUUUAA